AAAACUCCCCCUUAGUUCACAGCGGCAGUGUAGAAGGGGACCUACUCCUCACUAGAUUCAGCGCAGUUAAGCAGAGAUCCCAAUCCUGGCAGGAGCGGACAGAGAAUCAUUUUUACUGAAAAACACUAGUUUUUAGAACACGAAAGUUCUUAAAGUCGGAUAAAAAUUGUCUAGUCAAGAUAUUUUUCGGGUCCUCAGUGCAACUAAACGACCAAAAAAUGAUUUUAAAGUCACUUAAAUCAAGUUAAGUUAAUAAUAUUGGUUGCCUGUGCCCUCCGUGGCACCUGGUUAUAAAGUUAGCUAAAAAUGAAACCUGUCUUGUGACCCUUGAAAAAGUGACUUGGAGUUAAGUUCUAGAUCAUGGCUGUUUACUGGCCUCCAGGUAGUCCUUAUCUACCUCCACAAGCUGACCCUGGCGCUUCGCGUCGAGGAGGAGUCGCCACAGCACCGGCAGGGGCUCUUGUACGCCCCGGCUAUCCGCCGGUUACGUUGCCCCCCUCCGCCCUAAGAUAUGUUGUUCCGCCGUCAGCAUACACUGGGGCGAAUGGACAGGUGUAUGUUCGCCAACCACAGGCGGAUUCGAGGAACCCACGGCUGUCAGUGCGAUCCCCUUAUCCUGGAUACUUGAACCAGGACGGAAUCCAAAUGGUUGCGGCUAAUAGUUCUAUCCUGGCACAUACUGGCGGAUACUCCGGCAUAGUUCCGCCGGAUCCGGCGCACCAGAUCAAAAGACCUAGAAUAGACUCCCGUGGAACUCCGAUAGCACCCCUUUCAAUCGAUACUAGGGAAUCCGUUAAGGAGGCUACAGGGUACCAGCCCCAGGUUGAGGCCAUCUCCCCGACACCUGAGGAUCGUCCGGCUGAAAGGGACGAUAUUAAAUCGACGAAGGACGAUCUCCUUCAGAAGAUUUCUAAGGUCGAUCGUGAAAUCGCCAAAGCUGAAUCUCAAAUAGCAAAACUUAAGAAAAAACAGGAAGAACUUGAAGAUGCGGCGAAGAAACCGUCCACCGACUCGUCGGUGGACGAAGAGAAACCGAAUCAGAGCACAGCGCAGAACGUUUAUUCUGAGAAUAGACGGAAAGCCAGUCAGAGCCACGCUUCACUAAACCGGUUUUCCCCCGGUAACCUCCUUCCCUUGUACAACCAGCCCUCCGACACAGAGGUCUACAGCAAAAACAAGAAAGAUUAUACUGUAUUCAAGCGGAAAUUAGUUGAUUACUUCAAGAAGAAAAACGAGGAAAAUGAAACCCGAGACAGGUACAUGACAGUAACGUACUGCAAGCUGACGAGUGUAUGGACGAAGAAGGUUGAUAGAGCCGAAAAUAGUAAAAAGAAGAAGGAGAGAGAAGGAAAGAGUAGAGAAAUGUAUGAGAAAAUGUUCCCAGAGCUUAGGAAGCAACGUGAAGAUAAGGAACGGAAUGAACGAUUGGGAACUCGAGGAACAGUUCGUUCUGAUCAGGAGUUCCAGGAUGUUAUUGAUAGAAUACAGGAACAUGAGAUGGAAGAGAAGAAAAUGCAUUCCUACGCCGUCAUACCGCCACCCUUGCUACCGCCGGAGGACCGCCGGCGAAAGUUUACCAACAACAACGGUCAUAUACCGGACCCAAUGCUAAUCUACAGCGAACGGAAGUUCGUCAAUAUGUGGACGGACGCAGAAAAAGAAACCUUCAGGGAAAAGUACUUGCAGCAUCCAAAGAACUUCUUCGUGAUUGCGCAGUACCUGGAGCGUAAGUCCGUCCCGGACUGUGUACAGUACUACUAUCUCUCAAAGAAGACGGAAAACUAUAAACAGCUGUUGCGUAAGUCAAGAACGAAAGGCGGAACCAGAACCCGGCGCCCCAACAAUCCCACCGGCGAAGUUAUCGCACCCAACGUUCCUGGCGUUGUCACCCGCCGUACAGUACAAGGAUUACAGGAGAAGGAUGGAGAUGGAAAAGUGAACAGUAGAUCUAAUACUCCCCAACCCUCUAGUAAACUGGAUAAGGACUUGGUAGAAGAGAAUUUAAGUGAGAAGGACGGAGGAAAAGGACGUAAAGGUGGAAGAGAGAAGAAGGUUGAUGAAUCCUCGGAUGACGAGGAUACGGUUCAAUCAGUCAAAUGCGGUCCCCAUCCCUGUGUUGUGUGCAAGACGACGGUGGACAGUUCGCGCGCAGUACCUAAAGAGCGUGCAGGUCAACUUGGUCUCAAAGAGGAGGAGGUAACGGAAAACUCGCGCGUCUGCAACAACUGUUGGUGUAAAACCCUGCGGAGUAAGUGUCCCCUCCUGUCCUGCUCAACUGCUGGGAAAGGGAAAAAAUUGCGGCAUCUUCCACAUAAAUGGAAGGAACUUCCUCAAGCUACUAAGGACAACCUCAUUACAGAACUACAAAUACCAUCUGGUACAAAGCAAGUUUGUACAACCUGCUUCGGUCGGAUAAACAAGCGGAUAGGACAGUUGGAGGAGGGAGAACGUAAGGCGGAUAAGGAGGAGGUUAACUGGACCGAGGCGGAGGUUGAUCUCUUGAAGCAGGGUCUUCGACAGCAUGGAAGUCAUUGGGACAAGGUGGCCGCCCUCAUCCCGGAGAAGCGAGGCGACCAAUGCAAGAAGUACUUCUACAGUAUGCGGAAGAAGGAAAAUCUUGAUAAAAUUGUUCAAGAGUAUAAAAAGGCAAACCGUCCUCAAGGUUCGGAGAAGCCGUCCUUGUCGUCGGACGAGGAGUCUGGAAGCAGUACGUCCUCUUGUGAGGACGAGAACAACCAGGACAAGAAUCAGGACCAGAACAAAGAUCUAAAAGCUCCUGAAACUCCUGCAGUUCCUAUUACCCAAACUGCAGCUACUAAGUCUGAUGAAGCUGGAAAGAAAGCUGAGGAGGGAUAUGAUAGUGCUGCUACGAUUAGUGCUGAUGAGACCCUGGAGCAGGAUCGAGGAGCAGGACGGGUUCAAGGGAAAGUGUUCCCAGUCACGGUUACCCCUUCUCCGGCUUCUCAGGCCGGUGCCGGGCCUAUGACAAAAACAAUUUAUGUCAAGGAUAUCAUGAACACAGUCAUAGAUCAGACCCUGAGUAAACCUUCUACUCAGCAUAGAACCGGAGAAGUUUCUACGAUCAAGGAUCUGAUUCAAGAUCCUCCAAUGCUUCAAGGACAUGGAAUCUAUGGAAAGCCAACCCUUGGUUUACCCAGUCAGGAGUUUGAUGUAAGAUCUCAGGGUGGUCUUAGUCAUGGUCAAAUCGCCACCUCUGCUCCAACACACGCUGAAGAAGUUGUUCUCAACCUCACAACAACUAAACGUGAUCGUUCUUCACCAUCUCCACAUCCUGGUCCUAGUGAACCGGUUUUUAGAACUUCAUAUGUUGAGAAUCAUAACCGAGGAGCUCCUGGUUUUGUUCCUACUCCAGCCUCUAGGGGAGAAAAGCCUCCAGAAGCUCAUGGUGACAAGGACAAAACUACGCAUAAAGAUUGCAUGGCUAUAGGAAACCUGAAGUUACAAGAGAUGUAUAAUGGUCGGUCUAUACACUCACCAAGUCAUAAGAUGCAUAGACCCGAUCCUCGUCAGGAUAUUCUUCGCUCUGCUCCCAUCCCCCCACCUCCAUCUCAUGCUGGUAGAAUGGAAGGAUCUGGAUCUAUAACACGGGGUCAACCUAUACCUCCGCUCCCACAACAUUCAACCGGCAGGUUUGAUCUUAAUCAGAUGAAAUCUCAUCAAAAUCCUAGGGGUUCGCUCACCAGUGGAACUCCAGUGUACACUGAUCGCCGCACUGCUGCUGCAUACACCCCGGAGCAAACAAGAUCUCAUCAGCAAACUAUGAUGGAUAUGCAUAAGAAGGCAUCAGCAUACUCUGCUUAUGCUCGUCCUCCAAGCCAUGAUUCUAGAGGUAGCAGUUCAAGAAGUGUGAUAGAAAAUGAUUAUAAAAUUGCUCAAACAUUACCAAGAAAGGAUCAGAAUGAUGAACUAAGAGGAGUUUUUCCUCGCAGCAUUGAUAACCGAGGCAGAGAUGUUCUUGUUGUUGAUAUGAAAAAUGAACCCAGAUUUGAUCCUAGAUCCUAUGGAUCGCAGAGGAUGGUUGUCCCAUCAAAUCCCUACAGUGGAAUUAGAACUGAUCCUAAAGCUGACAUGCCCUCUAGAGAACCUCCUCGUGGAGACCCUAGGGCAGAUCUUCAUGAUCCAAGACUAGAUCAUAGAGCAGCUAUGGAUCCAAGAGCUAGGCAAGCUUUCUCUGCUUAUCCGGUAUCCAUGCCUACGGGCCGAGAGACUGGUAGAAGUUCUCCACCCCGUACCCUUCCACCCAGUAGAGGGCAUACAGGACCACCAUCAUCUGUACCCUCACCCAGACCUGGAUCUAUUACCAGUGGACUUCCCAGGAGCUCAGUUGAGAUUCAUACAAUAUCCAGACAGCCUGAAGUAUCAAUCACUAAGCAACCUGCUAUGCCCACAUCCAGACCGGAAUACCCAACAACCAAUCUGACCAACUUUGCAGAAAUAGCAAGUCAGCAGGCUAAAAUGCGGGAAAAUGAUCAUAGAGGAAAUCCUUCACUGACUGUCACCAGAACUGAGAUAGGUGGUCCAAGUUCAGCACGUAUGUCCCAAGAUUUAGCUAAAGCUGGUUAUGACAACAGGGUUGGAAAAUUUGAUGACAGGAGCAGGGUGGGAAGGGAUUCUUUUAAUGUUAUGCCUGAUCCUAAUCGUAUGGACCCCAAAACCUCUGCUGCAUACAAAGCAUUGGAUCAAAGUAUGACAACCAAGCGUCUAAUUGAUAUGAUUGUGACCAAUCAAAUCAACAAGAAUCCCCCCGUCCAGUUCUCAAAUACUCCUAUGAGUUCUGCUGCCGCUAGCGUAGCUUCCUACUCCAUGCCUUCACGCCCACCACCUCAAUCCUUCAUGGAUGGUAAGGAGUCUCCGAGUAAGAAGACAAGUCGGAGCCCAAGCGUUAAGACAGAAGGGGAGGACAGGUCAAUGCCGAUGCGCAGCUCACCAGCAAUGACCAACUCUCAUCCUGAGCAUGAAAACAUGUUUAAGGAAGAGGCUCAAAAGCAUAGAACAUCACCUUAUCCUGGUCCCUCUACCCAGGCGGAAUCCUUGGAAUAUUGGAAGCGUAAACAGUAUUCAGAUCCUAACUUUAUGCCACGCCCUCCCAGUCAAGGAAGUCUUCCUCGCCCACCUAGUGGAGGCGUUGCCCAACUCUCUGAUGAGAGACAGAUCAUUCGGGUUGCACAGAAUGCUUCUCCCAGACCGGAUAAACCUCCUGGUCGACCUAUGUUGGAGGCAAUAUCUCCUCCAGGCAGUGAUCCCCCUAGGUCUACUCCUAAUUACAAUUACCCGGGAGCUGAACCUAUGGUUAGAUAUUUUGCGGCUGCUCAGCGCAAGCCUCAUGAAGUUGACCCAGCUGCAGCUAAGAGUAGUGGGGUCGUCUUUGAUUAUGUAAAAAACAAAAUUGCUGAGGUUAUGAAGAAUGAUAAGGGAGCUGAAACUGGAAAAUCUCCAACACCUUCUGGAGUCUCAAUGGGACCUCCUAACAAACGACCUCUGGAAAUAGAGACCCGAGGCUCCCCAGCUGCUGACGUUGGAAUGGAAUCUCUCAGAAAGAGAUACAAACCGGAUGAAGCGACUGCCGGUAAUGAUAUGCCGGAUUCUCCCGGAUCUGGUGAAAUGGUUAUAGAUGAGACUGCUCGGCCAGAUUCUGCACAUUCACACAAAACCGAGUCCCCAGCCCCACAUGCUGAUCCAAAUUUAUAUCAGGGAUACAGAAUGGGACAACAACUUCCUCCAAGAUCAUCACCCGGACAAGCAACAAGGCCGCCACCAGCUGCUAAUAGCGCCACGGCCUCGGACCCACGAUAUGAACCACUCUCUGACGACGACUGACGAAUAG